AUGGCGUCGCCCUUGUUGACAUUUGGCAUCCAAGACUUCCAACGCUCGACACCUGCCUUGGCCCCCAAGGGCAAGAGGGAGAACUUGACCGAAUUCAGGUUCGACGCACCAUCGGGCAACGCUGUGCCGAACCUCACCGCCCAGGGCGAUCAGGCUCGCAAUGCCGCUGAGCCGCUGUUGCAGAAAUGUCCCGACCUCAUGGUCGCCAGGUGGCGCGAGAUUGCGGCCCCCAGCGUCACCGAGCUACUCUACUUCAUGAGGUUUGACAUCGUGGCCAGACUCGCAUUCGGCGAGCCCCUGGGCCUACUCUAA